AUGGGAAAGGUUCUUUUUGUUAUCAGCAAUGAAGAAUUUAAGCAAUGUUUAAAGAAAAUGUCUCCUGAGUUACAAAAUGAUGAUGAUUAUGAUUUUCCAGAUACUCCAAAGACACCUUAG